GCGCAGUCGGGAUGACGCGCGUUCCUUCGCGAUCAACGCAAAUAUGGUACCAUAUUUGAUCAACGGUUAUAAAGCCCGCGUGAAGCAGGGUGUCCAAAGUUAGUACUUUCGUACUAGAUCUAGUACUUUUAAAAGUUUUUUUAGUGGUCAAGUACAUUUACGCUCAGAACUAGUACUUUUCCUUAAAAUAUAAUAUUUGGUGGAUAUGUAAUAUUAUUACAGUAACUCCAAUAUGUUUUAUUAUUAAGCAUAAUUAUUUUUAAAAAACUAUGGAAUGUAUGUGUGUGUGUGGUGUGAUAUUUAAGUUAGAACAUUGCAAUGUCAUAAUAACUUCCUUAAUUGUUAAAACCAUAACAAAUUAUAAUUUAGUACUUUUUUUUUUUUCAAAUCUAGUACUUUUUUCUCGCCUAAGUUGGUACGAAAUAUUUUUUCCUUGUGGACAACCGCGGCGAGAAGCGCCAGUGGUGAGCGAACCGCGCUAGGCCGGGAUGUUGUCGUCAGCUCGCGCGCCCGCCAGCAUGGCCGCCCGCGUAGUCGCGAGGUCACUCAGCGGCGGCAAGAAGGUGCGGCUGUGCGGGGUGUUCCCGCCGCUGCCCACGCCCUUCAACCACGACGAGAGCAUCGCCUACGACAAGCUGGAGAGCAACAUGCGGACCUGGAACCAGAAGCCGUUCGAAGGCUACGUGAUCCACGGCUCCAACGGCGAGUACCCGUUCCUGACUCCGGAGGAGAGGGUGGAGAUGGUGCGGCGCGUGCGAGCCAUGGUCCCCGAGGAGAAGACCAUCAUAGCCGGCUCCAGCUGCGAGUCCACGUCGCUCACCGUGAAGACUUGCAACCUCGUGGCCGAGGCGGGAGCGGACGCCGUGCUACUGCUUCCUCCGAGCUACUUCAAGGCCAACAUGACGGAGGCGGUGCUGGCCGAGCACUUCAAGGCGGUGGCCGACAACUGCCCCGUGCCGGUGGUGCUGUACAACAUGCCGGCCAACGUGGGGCUGGACAUGUCCGCGGCGCUGCUGGCGCGCCUGGCGGAGCAUCCCAACAUCGCCGGCGUCAAGGACAGCGGCGGCGACAUAACCAAGAUGGCGACCGUGGUGAAGGACACGAAGCACCUGGACUUCUCCGUGGUGGCCGGCUCGGGCGGAGUGCUGCUGCCUGCGCUGCUCGUGGGCUGCACCGGCGGGAUCCUGGGGAUAGCCAACAUGCUGGGGGACGAGGCGUGUCGCAUCUACCAGCUGUUCAAGGAGUCCAAGCUGCCGGAGGCGGUCGAGCUGCACCACAGGAUCCUCACCCCGAACAGCCUGGUGACGCGCGUGUUCGGGGUGCCGGCCAUGAAGGCGGCCAUGGACUACUGCGGCCUCUACGGGGGUCCGUGCAGGAGACCCCUGGUGAAGCUGUCCCCGGACCAGUUGCGACAGGUCCACGAGGCCUUCAAGAGCGCCGGCUUCGAGCCCCGGAACUGACACCGACGUACUCCGCCUCCAGUGCUUCGGACGCACCUUUCGACGACGCAGCAUUUCAAUGUUUUCCGAAAACGUUGCAGAGACUAUAAUUAUUAGAGACCGGAAAAAUUCGCGGAUUCAUUACGUGUUAUGCUAAAAUUCAAAUAAUUAAUAGCUUAGUGCUGCUUCUGUCAUUGGUUCUCUGUUAAUCUGCGGCGGAGGACUGAGGGCCAAUUAGAGACCCUCACUCAUAGAAGUGUCGAAUCACAGGCCACUCAGUCGAGACGACUCACAAGUCAGCAGCCAAUGGACAGGUGGCAUUUGCCCGAGUGUGUGGAGGAUAUUGGAGUCUAUCCUGCAGGUCAUUGAACCCGCGAAAUUCACGGGUCUCUACUAAUUAUAUAGAGACCGGAAAAAUUCGCGGAUUCAUUUCGUGAUGGGCUGAAAUUCAAACGUGUGUACAAUUCUGCUGGUCCUGCUAUUGGCUCGCAGUUUAACUGGAGCUCUCUGUGCCGACGAGAGACUAUCGACCAAAGAAGCGUCGAAUCACAAGCUACCCAGUGGAGACGCCUCACAAUUUAUUAACCAAUGAAAACGCGUGUUUACUUGAGAAGUGCAGAGGAUAAUGGAGGCUAUCCUAGAGGUCAAUGAAUGCGCGAAUUUUUCCGGUCCCUACUAAUUAUAUAGAGACCUGCAAAAUUCGCGGAUUUCAUUGACCUCUAUAGGAUGGACUCCACAGUCCUUUAAAUACUCGCGGAAAAUGACACCUGUUCAUUGGCUACUGACGCGUGAGACGUCUCAACUGGGCUGUCCGUAAUUCGGCACUUUCUUGGUUUAGUGUUUCCCAUUGGCUCACAGUUCCCCGGAUAAAAUGUGGGCCAAUCGCAGAAGCGGUUCGAAGGUGUAGUUCUUUUUUUGAUGCUAGCCUAUCACGAAAUGAAUCCGCGAAUUUUGCAUGUCCCUACGUAAUUAAUUAUUGGGAUAUUUCUACAAACAUUUCAGAGAUUAAUUUUUGUGAUGUUUCAACAACGUUACCAAACAAAAAAAAAGGGGUUUUCUGUAAAGUCGGUUUACGGACGAUAAUUAUUUUACGUGAUAACGUCAUAAGAAAACAUUGAUGGAAAAUUGUUAACCUUAACCUGUUUGAUAUUAUAGGAGAUUUUCUCGCACGGUGGUUGGCCGGUUCAUUGCACGCUCGGCUCAGGAGGAACGUGACAAUGAGUCAUGCUUUUUCGUGCAUGCAGCCGGCUUUCAUCUAUUUAUGACGUUAUCACGUCAAAAAUGUUUGGAACAUUUAAAACUGCAUGUAUUCGUAUUUGCCGUGGUUCGUUGCAGUGUCGUAGUAGCCGGAGUAGCUACAGUUCAUUACACCGAAUCUGAAAACUUUUGAAUUCUUCAAUCAAGUUUCAGUAAAAUACAGUAUACUUUGUUUAUGGUUGCAUUUUUGUGCAGCUGUGGACAUAAAUUACAGCUGGAAGUCUCAUCGGCUGGUACGUACUGCAUGUCGCGGAGGCAAUGGAACUUGUAUAUGAAGCCACCAUUGAUGUUUCUUUUCCAAAGAUGUUAGUAUGCUGUGUUACGUCCGGAAUAGAAGUCUUCAGAUCACGAAUGAGCACAAAGUCUCGUUUCGUGCUUUGAGGUCGUUGGUUCCACUGAUUAUUCCACUAUUAUUUUUCCAUGAUAAGUGCAAUAAAUAUAUGUGCUGUAAAACUAAUGUGCUGUGAUGUAACUAAUGUGCCAAAGUUUUUUUGCAUAUUUCUCAGAUGCAAUCCUUUUGUGACAAUUUGUUAAAACUAUUUGAUGGGUGUUGGGUUUUCUGUGAUAAACACGUGAAUAAAACUGAACUGUUGUAUAAUGUAAAAAAAAAAUUUAUAAUAAACGACUUGUCAAAAAAAUAUUAGUUCCUGAUAAUGAUGAUAAUGUUCUUUGCAACUUGUAUUUUAUUACAAAAUGGGUUACCUAAUUAAAUAAAAUUGAAACAGAA